AGAGAUCGAAUGAAAUGGAUCCGAAUAACUUGCAAAAUAGCCUAAAUGGGACUGGAAAUCCCAACUUUCAACCGGUUCAAACGAACGCCGGCGGAUUCGGACAUCAAAUGGCUCAAACUGGAGCUGCUGCAGCUGCCGCCGCUACCGGCCAGUACAAUCCGAUGUUGUUACAGCAGCAAUAUUUGAAUUUCGGAUUUGGAAUGAAUUAUAAUAAUCAGCUUUUCGACUUUCAAGCUCAACAGCAACAGCAGCAGCAGUACCUGAUGCAACAACAGCAGCAGCAACAACAGCUUCAUCACCAGCAACAGCAGCAACAUCAGAAUAUCGCUCAGCCGCAAGCCCAACAUCAUCAAAUGAACAUGUUCACACAACAUCAGAUGCUUCAAUUGAUGCAGCAGCAACAACAACAGCAGCAGCAACAGCCAGUUCAGCAGAUUCAAAGGCAACAGCCAAUCGCCCAACCAAUACCACAACACACAAUUCCACCGUCAACCUCGAAUCAAUUUCAACAGCAAAUUCAGUCGGCGGCUUCAUCGAUUUUCGACUCAUCAGUGAUCUCAUCGCAUCAAAAACUGUACGAAGAGCAGUGUCGACAAAUUGAAAAAGAACGAAAAGAGCAGGAAGAGCGAAAACGGAAGCAAGAGCUCGAAGAGCAGAGAAAACGAAAUGAGGAGUUGAAACGAUUGCGGAUUGCUGAGGAAAAGCGGCUUCUGGAGGAGCAACAGAGGCUCCGAGAGCAAAUGGAACGGGAACGGUUGGCAGAGAUCAAGAGGCUAGAAGAAGCCGCCCGUCUCGAAGAUGAACGCCGUAUUGCUGCCGACAUCGAAGCUCAAAAACAAGCGAUGCUUCAAAAAAUGCAAGCCGAACAGAAUAAGCAUAUCGCAGAAGUCGAACGGCAACGGAGUGAACUGGAAGAGCGAUUCGCAAGAGUUUCUCAGCCGAUGACACUUGUUGGAACUCAUUUUUUACCGAAUUUCCUCGACAUGAUUCCAUUCCCAUAUGAAAGUAUGGUUGAUUCUACACUUCCACAAGUAUUUGAUAUGGAACGAGAUAGCGCAAUUCUUGAAUCAUGUGAUCCUCAAAUGGUCGCCACAAUUAGUAAUAUCCUGAAUGCCACUAAUAUUGAUGAUAUUAUAACUCGAAUGGACAAGCUCCGUCCUGACGACAAAGAGACAAAUGAUCUAUUCCUUGACAAACUCCCGCCAAUAAUUCAAGCAGUCGUCAAUUAUAAUACAAGCGCUCUCGACGUGGAUUCGCAUAAUGACAUGGAAUUGUUGGAGAAUGAGGAUGUAAUGAUGACUGAGGAUAUUACAAGAACUACUGCUCCUUCAACGAGCUCCUCUUCGUAUAAUAAUCAUCAUCAGAAUUCGAUUGUAAUGAUGACGUCAUCGUCGGUUAGUAUGUCAGAAGCAACACAGAGUUCAAGUGUUACUAUGAAUCAUCACGAUGUGGACGAGGAAGGACCCGCGCCGAUUUCCAUUGAAAAGCGCAGGCAAAUGAUGUCUGUUGGAAAAGCACCAAAAGCCGGUGGUGGCGGUGGCCAGAAUCAGCGGAAGAAGCGUGAUAUGGUCGAGAAUCUGUACGAUUCGCUGACCGACAAUUUCGUGCCAACAGACACCGGACGACGUGGCAGACGACGUGGACGUGGAUCCGACGAUGACGAGGAUGAGCUGCUUCAGCGGGAUCUGAAAUUGAUUGAAGAAAUGGAGAAGGGGGUUAAGCUGCCGGCAAGUGUCACUGGAUUCACAACAACCGAGGAGGAUGUUCAGCAUUUCUUUGGGUCACAGAAAAAGCGAAGAAAGGAGGACAGAAUUAGGAAAGAUAGAUCUCCAACUCCAGAAGACGUUAUCGAAUCGCGGGAUGCUGAAUGGCAAGAGCGCCUGCGUCUGAAAAUGGAACGAGAAAAAUCGCGAAAAGCCGACGAGGAGAGCCAAAACGCGUGGAGCCUGCAAGCGCUGGCCGACAACGAGACGUUCACUCGAUUCUGUCAGACUGUUGACGGUGUUCUGGAACAGGGCGACAGUUUGGACACUGAGCUGAAAAUGCCGAAGAACAAGAAACGAAGAUCCGGCGGCGAUCAUCAUCAUAAAGGAGAUGAGAAUUCCGAUGAAUCGGAUGAAGAAGAGGAGAUGGAUGAGAUUGAUCCAGAUCUACGGAUUGAGUUGUACAUACUUGAAGAGCUGAGAAGAGGAUCCGCCAGAUUGAGAGAGAAUCAUGCCUUGCAGGCCGUCGGAGCAGACAAACUACUGAAACUCGUCGCAAUGCUGGAUCGUAACAUCCGUGACGCCAUCUCGGCCGACAAUCAACGUCUUCUCGUCCCGUGUGACGAUGACGUGGAUGUUGGUGACGUGCUCGAAAAGGAAAUCUGCGAGGAACGAGUGAAACGAGCAUCCGACGCUGCCGUUGUAGCACUGAAUAUCAUGUCGAGUCAUCGAAUGCACAAACAAGUUAUCAUAGAGGAUGUCAUUGAUCGAUGUGUUGGAUUGACUCGUCUCUUGCUUAUUCAUUUAAUCUACCCAGCGUCGGAUAGUAUCUACAAAUCGGUUAAUUCUAAGAAAAAAGACCGUGCACCAGAAGAAGCUCGUCGUCGAAAGAAAGCUGGCGUGUGCACUCGCGAUAAGUUCAGCGAGUACAUUUACGAACGAAUAACCGAAGCAAUCGGUCUGCUGGCAGUUUUAGUGAAAAGUGAAUCAAUGACUGAUACUUCCGUUCAUAAUGUCGCAUCUGUUGCGUUGACGCCGUUCUUUGUUGCAAAUGUUGGAUCACUGCAGAUUACUGCAAUGCUUCUCGCGUCGAACAUCUUCUCCCGAGCCGAGGAUUCUCUUCGUUUUUCGAUGAUCACCGAUUUGUUGUCUUCAUUGCACAGAGCUCCACAAUUUACUCAAAAGAAUUCGAAUAAUGGAUAUAGCCUGCCGGAUGGCUCAUGGAUUUCAACGACGACGGCUCUUUUCAUACAGCUUGUUCAGUCGACAAUCAAGAUUCCGAAAUUCAAGAAGCACGCGGAUGAGGAUGAAUUGGCGAAGCGGUCGAAAAAGGAGGAGGCUAUGGUUAAGGAAGGAUUUUUGAAGGCAUCAAAAGUGACGAACGCGUUUCUCAAUGGAUUCCUCGCGAAAUGCUCUCAAAAAGGCAAUAAAAUGGACGGUGAAGAGGACUACCGUAUCCUUUUCUCCAAUUUCCUUCAAGAACUUCUAUCGGCACUGUACUCACCGGAAUGGCCAGCAGCCGAGAUGAUUCUGACUGCACUUGGAUCACUUUUGGUCAAGAAUUUCAGAUCGAAAUCGUCGGAUAUGACUAUUCGACAGGCAUCUCUUGAUUAUUUGGGGAAUAUUACUGCAAAACUGCGAAAAGACCAAAAAGAAGCAAUUGCUGGAGAACGGAGGCUUGACGCAGUUGUCAAAAAGUCGUUUUUAUUGUUAUCCGAUAAGGGAGUCGAGGAUUAUGAAUCUGUUGAUAUUUCUAAUCUGAAACAAAACGAUAAGCUGAAAGUUCUGGAGACGUCACUGAUCGAUUAUCUCGUUAUCACGAACUCAUCGGAUAUUAUAGUGUACGCGUGUAAUUUCUACGUUGGAGAAUGGUACAAGGAGGUCGCUGAGGACCUUGAAAGUGCACGAUCCAAGUUGAAACAGACUGUAGACACUAAUGAGUCGGAAAAGGACGUCAAGAAAGCCGAGCGAAAGUACGAGAAAAUCCAAUAUCGCGGUGCCGAGAUGAAGGUUUUCCUAUCGAAAAUAUUGGAUAAAAAGGAGAUAAAACGGCGGUUGGAAAAGUCGAAUAAAGUGAAAAUGUUGGAUUCCGACGCGUUUUGGGCUGUGAAAUUUUUGGCACAAUCUCGAGAGUUCACGCAUUCUUUUGACACUUAUCUCAAACAUAUUGUAUUUGGUGCUGGAAGUGAAACGAUUGUGGCUCUUCGAUCGAAGGCUCUCAAAUGUCUUAGUUCUAUUAUUGAGGCGGACUCUAGUGUUCUUAUUUUGGAAGACGUUCAACAAGCCGUGCACACUCGAAUGGUAGACUCCCACGCACAAGUACGUGAGUCAGCAGUCGAACUUAUCGGACGAUUCGUAUUAUAUGAUGAGGAAUACGUACGAAAAUACUAUUCACAAAUUGCCGAACGAAUAUUGGACACUGGUGUGGCGGUUAGGAAACGAGUUAUUCGAAUUAUGAGAGAAAUUUGCGAGAAAUUCCCGACUUUUGAGAUGAUUCCAGACAUGCUUGCCAGAAUGAUCAGACGGGUGACUGAUGAGGAAGGCGUCAAAAAGUUGGUUUUCGAGACGUUUACGACCCUCUGGUUCCAGCCUGUGGACACUCGGAUCUAUACAAAUGCGGUUGCUACGAAAGUGACGACGAUGUGUAGUGUUGCACAGCAUUGUAUUAAGGACGCAAUGAGUGACUACCUGGAGCAGCUCAUCCUGCAUAUCGUGAAAAACGGCCAGGAAGGAUCCGGAAUGUCCGUAGCUGUGAAACAAAUCAUUGAUUCCCUAGUCGAUCAUAUUCUCAAUCUAGAACAACACAAAUCCAGCGAAAAUGUGUCUGAAGUCGAGUUGAUGCGACGAAAAGAGCAAGAGGAAAAGUACAUGGCGUACCUGUCAACGUUGGCGGUUUUCUCGAAGAUUCGACCACUUUUACUGACAAGCCACGUGGAAGUUCUGCUACCGUACCUCACGUUUAGUGGAGCCAAGACUAAUGCAGAGAAUCAGGUCACAAAAGAGAUGAUUGGAAUGUUGGAACGAGUCAUCCCUCUGGUUCCAUUCCCGUCAAACAUCGUACUCGAUUCAAUUGAUGAGAAUCUGUGCAAAGUUAUAAUGUUCAAUGGAAUGGCUCUUGUCGUUUCUGCUGUCUCGUGUGUCGCUUCGAUUUACAAAAAGUUCAAGAGAGGCGCAACAAAGACUAUCGACGUUUUUAGUACUUAUUUGAAACACUUGGAGGUGAUCAAACGGAAUUUCGAUUCAAAUCCCCGCUACGAUCUGGAUCCGAAGUUGUUUCCGAUUCUUUCGCGUUCGAUUUUCACGUUGGGCGUUCUAUCGAGAUAUUUCCAAUUCGAAGAGUUUGUGAAAGAGGAUCCUACUGAAGAAAAAGUCGAAGCGCUCAAGGAGAAGGUCUUCAUUACUUUGGAAUUCUUCUCCAGAUACCAUAAGGGUGGACUUCGGCAGAAGGCGUUGACUGCGAUGGGUCAUUUCUGUGCUCAACACUCGACAUAUCUGACAAAACGGCAACUCACGAACACCUAUCUGGAAAUCUUGAACGCCGCCAACUCACCACAACAACAGCAACAACGAAUUCUGGUGCUCCAAAAUUUGGAAAUGUUCUUGCAAUGCGAAGAGCAAAAGCUCGCGGCGAGUCACGAUAAAUGGGAUGAGAACAAGGAGGCGCAGAAUCUGAAGGAAAUGGAAUUGAGUGGAUCCGGGCUGGGCAGUUCUGUUAUUCAAAAAUACUGGAAAGCGGUACUCGAGUCGUAUGUUGAUGCGGAUAUUCAGUUGAGAAGAGCCGCUGUUCAGGUCGUCUGGCUCACCCUAAACCAGGGUCUCGUAACGCCGGGAGCCUCGAUUCCAACACUGAUCGCAAUGACAACCGAUCCUGUGGAUGUGAUACGUAAUCGAAUCGACAUUCUGCUGAAAGAAAUCGACUCGAAAUAUUCCGGAAUGGUACAGAGCAAGGCGAUGCAGGGCGUUCGAUUAUCCUAUAAAUUGCAUCUGAAACUGAGAAUGUUGCAACAGGAGAAGUUUGUGCGAGGCUUCCGAUUCUGUGAUUUUCAUCUGAACACUCUUCCCAACGCUCUCCCCGAGAAAACCCACGACGGAAUGGCAGUUCUCUCCGGAUUAUACCAAAGUCUUCGAACAAAUCGCCAACAGCGUCGUUCAUUCCUUCAAUCAAUGGUCAAGCUGUUCAGCGAGGAGUUCUCACACGAUAAGCCCCAGCUGAUGGAGUACAUUUUCAUCGCCGAUAACCUAGCUAUGUUCCCCUAUCAGAUGAUCGACGAGCCGCUGUACGUGAUGCGACAAAUCGAUCAGAAUAUCGCUCAAACGGGUCAAUCGUUGCUGGUUCAAUACAAACUACAACUGAGAAUGCAGGAAUCUGAAGAUGAGGAUAUCGUUUUUCUCGACGAGAAUAUGAUGAGCCGUUUGUCACAAUUGGGUCAAAUUGAGACAUUCCAUCAGUUAUUCUUGGAUUCCCAAGUGCCUUCACUGCUUUUAUACGUCCGUACAUUCCUUAUGCAACUCUACGGAUUUAAUGAGACAAAAGUUGCCGAAUACCAGCCAUCAGAAGCGGCAAAAGUGUACGAGAAGGCGGUGACCCGCCGAAAUAUCCACAUGUUCAAGCCAAUCACCGCUCUGGAGGCACUCAACUUCCCGUUCGAAUGGGGUUCUUUCCAGCAUACAGCGUUUUUGGCUGAAAAGAUUUGCUCGUUCCGAAAAAUGCUGCUCUCACUGGAUCAAGUGGAAGAAGUCGAAGUUUCGAACACAAUAACCGCUGCAAAUGACGAUUAUGAUGAGGAAGAGGACGGUGGUGAGGACUCUCGUGGGCCGAUUAUGGAGCAAAUGGAGCAUUAAUAGCUGUUUUUUUCCUUGAAUUGAAUUUUUUUGGUGCUUUUUCAGUUCACAUUUUUCUGCGAAUUUUGACCUCUCAAUUUCACUUUUAAUCAUUCAUUUUAUGGGUUUCUUGAUUAUUAUUAUUUGUUUAAUGUUUUUUUUUCCAAUUUUAAUCUUUAAUUAUUGAUCUAUACGACACUACCGAUUAUCGCUGGAUCUCAAUCAUGUUCUAUGUAGGUUUUGUUUUAUUUCCCCCUCCCCCGUUCCCCUUUGAUCAUAAUUUUUUUCAAAAGAAUUUUUAGAUUUUUCAAUGCAAAAAAUCUGGAAUUUCUGGUACACUCUUGUAUCCUAUUUUUUGGAAAAACCACGUAGCGAAUAUAUACGAACAGAUAUUCAUAAAAUUAUUAUUUAUG